AUGGGUGCAGCCUCAAAUGCAACUGCUCGCGUGCAGACUGCCAGAGCAUCACGGGGUGGGGCUCGAAAGCAGCGUGGCAAGGCAACAACAAGCACAUCCGCUGUCUCGAAAAGGAAGCGAACUGCCGAUGAGGAGGAAACAAUAGCAACAACGACCACUACCACCACCACCACUAGAAGAUCGCGAAAGGCUAGUUCUGAGACCACCAACUUAUCCAAACUCAGGGAUGUUGGUCGGACCGAGCAGUCCUUCACCCGUCCGCCAAAAAAGCCCAGGGCGCAAGGGCCCAGUGAAGAGCGUCGAGAACGUAGAUUCAGGCCUCAUGCCCCGGUAUCCUUCAAAGAGAGGGCUGCACGUGCAAUGAGUCAACGCAUGUUUAUUGUUGGGCAUACCGUCAAUCUUGUGGACGGAGUUCUGAACAUGAGCUUCGACAUUGUCGGGACCACUGGCAACAUCUACAAAACCACCAUUGGGAAGGAGCCAACCUGCGACUGUCCAGAUGCACGCAAGGGUAACCAAUGCAAGCACGUCUGUUAUGUAUUGAUCAACGCCCUCAAAGCGCCGGCGGACCUUCAGUAUCAGCUGGCAUUUCUAUCAUCGGAACUGCGGGCGAUAUACAACGGUUCCUCGCUCAGCAAAGAGCAACCCGCAGAGGACAACGCUGGGAACAGAAAACCGAUCGAAGGAGACUGUCCAAUAUGCUUCAUGGAAUUCGAGCCCGAAAAAGAGGAAAUUGUGUGGUGUCGAGCUGCCUGCGGGAACAACAUUCACAAGACUUGCUUUCAGCAGUGGGCCGCCACCCAGCAGGCACAGGGCGUCAGAUGCGUCUAUUGUCGUGCGCCCUGGCAGCCGGAUACCGAAAAUGUGAAUGUGGCGGAGCUCUCCCGCCAAGGCAAAGUCAGUCGGGAUGGAUACGUCAAUGUGGCACAGCAUUUCGGCCUCUCGGGCCGUCGCGACGUUUCGAGCUACCAUCCUUUCUGGGUGCGCCGACAGCAGUACCAGCACGAGGACGACUGGGAUUACGAUGACUAA